AUGCACAGUGGCUUGGUUGAAACUCUUCUCAGUGCCCUCGCCCAACACUGGGUGUUGGUACUUACAUCACUGACUGUCGCGUGGCUCGUCAAGAACAGAUAUCACCAUGGGCUAAAUAAAUACCCCGGUCCCUUUUUGGCAUCUUUGACGGAUUGGUGGCGCUUCUGGGAUGUUUACGGACAAAGACCUGAGGUGACGCUGCAGAAACUUCAUGCUAAGCAUGGUGAUAUUGUCAGAUUGGGACCAAAUGUUCUAUCGUUUGCCGACCCUGCUGUUCUCAAGUCCAUCUAUGGCCUGAGCAAGGGCUAUGUCAAGUCCGACUUUUACAUUGUUCAACAAUCCGUGGUCAAGGGCCACCGUCUUGCAUCUCUCUUUAGCACUACAGACAAUGACUUCCACUCCCAAUUCCGCAGAUGUGUCAACUCUGCCUUCUCCAUGAGCGCACUUGUUCAAUACGAGCCCUUUGUUGACAACACCACCAAGCUGUUCUUGGAACAGACCGAGAAGCUCUUUGCUAAACGUGCUGAUGUCUGUGACUUUACACAGUGGCUUCAGUUUUACGCCUUUGACGUCAUUGGCGAGAUCACUUAUAGCAAGAGACAUGGAUUCAUUGAGAAGAAUGAGGAUGUUGAGGGUAUUGUCGCGUACCUGGGCAAGCUGUUCCUCUAUGUUGCACCUGUCGGACAAAUUCCCUUCCUGGACCUCAUCUUCCAGAAGAACCCCAUCUACCUCAAGCUUUCCCAAUGGGGUCUCUUUGACUCGACGAUCGCCGUUGCACGCUUCGCCCGCGCCCGCAUGGCUGAACGUCUCAUCCCUGAACUCAAGUCUGUCGACAGCCUCCCAAUUAGCAACCUCAAGAAGCAACCCCUGGGCCAAGACCUGCUCUCCAAGUUCAUCGCCGCUCGUGAAUCCCGCCCCGAGUUCAUGACAGAUACUCUCGUCCAGACCAUGGCCGUUUCCAUGGCCUUUGCAGGUUCAGAAACUACAGCUAUUACCCUCUCCGCCGUCUUCUACUACCUCCUCCGAAACCCCGAGUGCUACCAGAAGCUCAAGAAUGAACUUGACGAGGCUGCCAAGGCUGGUGUCUUUUCUGACUACGAAACUGGUCUGGUUACUUUCGCUGAGGCUCAGAAGUUCCCUUACCUUCAUGCUUGUGUCCAGGAAGCUUUCCGAAUGCACCCCGCCCCAGGUCUCCCCCUUGAGAGGAUUGUUCCUCCCCAGGGAGCAGAGAUUGGAGGCGAGUUCAUCAAGGGCGGUACCAUCGUCGGUGUUUCAGCAUGGAUCAUCCACAACCGCCCAGAGAUCUUUGGAAAUGAUACUCAUGUGUACCGACCUGAGCGCUGGUUGCCCGACCCCAACCUUGAUGCUGAGGAGGAGGAUAAGCGUAUCAAGAAGAUGACGGGUAUGAUGUUCCAGUUUGGCAUGGGUAGCCGAACAUGCAUUGGCAAGAAUAUUAGUCUAUUGGAGAUCUACAAGGUUGUCCCAAGUCUCCUAAGACGAUUCGAGAUCAACUUUGAAGACCCAAGCAAAGAGUGGAGGAUCAUAAACGCCUGGUUCGUCAAGCAAACAGACUUCAACGUCAAAUUCACACGGAGAGAACUCGUACAGCCAGAAUUCUCAGAGAAGCAGGAAUGA